GUGAACAUCCUGAAGACUGUGAAAGCGUAGUGCUCGGUGAGAAAACAUCAUUCUUUCUUGUGCUUAAUGACUGAGCAGUAGCAUCUGAACAUCUGCGGUGAUCGCAUGGUGUUCACUCUUGCUUUUAUUCGCAUAGGAUACGGAAGAAUCGAUGAAGGUUGGAAGGCAUCUCAACAGAUAGCUGUGGUACACUCCCCCGUGCGGGCGGUACAGAUACUCCGCCAACAGCCGCUGGAGGAUGCGGCCUGCAGGGCAACCGCCGAGUAUGCGCGGCAGGGGCAGCUGGCUGAGGCAGCGAACGCAGAGGCCGCCAGUUUCCACCAGCUGCUGCUGCAGCAAAAUAGGCAGCAUCAUCAGCAGCUGGUGGAGGAGCUGAGGGCGGCCCGGGUGGUGCAGCAGCAGCUGGCAGCAGAGAUGCGUGGUUUGAGAGAGGCCACCGGCCUCAUCGCGACAACACUGCGCCAGCUCCUGGCUCGCCUCUGCGAGCAUCCUCAGCCAUGA